AUGCUCCAGCUGCCAUCUUUUUCUUUACUUCAAGCAAGGAAGAGCUUAUCCGUGUUGCAAACAGCGGCGGUGAGCAGAGCCAAGGGCGCACCUCUCGUCAUCGAGGACAUCGUCGUGGAUCCACCCAAGGCGUACGAGAUCCGCAUGAAGGUCCUCUGCACCUCCCUCUGCCACACCGACAUCACCUUCUGGCGCGGCAAGGAGGACUUCCCGCUCCCGCCCGUGUUCCCAAGGAUCUUAGGCCACGAGGCGUACGGGGUGGUGGAGAGCGUGGGGGAGCGCGUGGAGGGGUUCGCGGCGGGGGACACGGUGGUGCCGACGUUCCUGGGGCAGUGCGACUCGUGCGGCGGCUGCGCGUCGGCGGGGAGCAACAUGUGCUCCGCGCUGCCGUUCGUCGUCGGCCCCGGGAUGCGCCGCGACGGCACCACCCGCUUCAGGGACAGCCAGGGGGAGCCGCUGCACGACUUCCUCGCCGUCUCCAGCUUCAGCCAGUACACCGUCGUCGACGUCAACCAGGUCGUCAAGGUCGACCCCGCCGUGCCGCCCAAGCUCGCCUGCCUCCUCGGCUGCGGCGCCGGCACCGGGGUCGGGGCUGCGUGGAGGUUGGCCAAGGUGCAGCCUGGAUCGUCGGUGGUCAUCUUCGGGCUCGGAGCGGUGGGAUUGUCGGUGGCACAAGGCGCAAAGAUGUGCGGAGCAGCCAAGAUCAUCGGUGUUGAUUUGAACCCUGACAAAGAAGAACUCGGCAAGGAAAAAAUUCGGCGUGACAGAUUUCGUGAACCCGUCAAAACUCGGCGAGAGCCCACUCAGCCAGUCGUUCUCAUUUCGCUUCUUGACAAAGUUCAGGUGAUCAUCGAGAUGACCGGCGGCGGAGCCGACUACUGCUUCGAGUGCAUCGGCGCCGCGUCCGUCAUGACCGAGGCGUUCAGAAGCGCUAAGCAGGGGAAUGGCAAGACGGUGAUCCUGGGGUUGGAGAAGGACGGGAAGCCGAUCAGCCUGCCGUCCAUCGAGUUCCUCUUCGGCAAGUGCGUCAUGGGGUCGCUCUUCGGGGGGAUGAAGCCCAAGACCGACAUCCCGAUCCUCGCCGAGAAAUGCAUGAACAAGGAGCUGGAGCUGGAGAAGCUGAUCACGCACGAAGUGGGCCUGCAGGAGAUCAACACGGCCUUCGACCUGCUCCUGCAGGGGAAGAGCCUCAGGUGCAUCAUCUGGAUGGACAAGCUGGAGGUGUGA